AUGACAGAGAAGCAAGAACGACAACUUCGAAGAGUAAUGACUGAGAAGUUGAUGCCUGGUCGCUUAGGGCAAUGCUUCUUGUUCAUACGCCAAAUAUUGAGAUUGUCUGAUGCCAUUAAGUCGCUCCGGCGUCACAAGAGUACCCUUCAGAUACUCCACCUGGAUGCCACUGCCAGAACUGGCGAUGCCAGAAGGGCCAAGCCAGGUGUAAACAUGAGGGACUUUACAGCACUUCAACAUCUCUGGAUCAGUACUAUUCUACUAUGUCCCUCCGCUCCGAGAUCAGACAGACCGGCCGAUGCGGAAACAUUUGUGGAUUUCCUUCCUCGCUCUAUCGUUUCACUCGAAAUCUAUCGCUAUCUCAGAUGUUCCACAGACAACGCUCUACGAAGACUCGCGGCCGUGAAGCAUGAGAAGUUCCCCUUUCUGAAGAAGGUUGUCUACGGACCAAAGAACAGAGGAAACCUCGGCCAAGCAUUUUAA